AUGGGCUUUCUUCGCCCUGCUACUCCCGGCUUCAUAGUCACCCUCAUUGCUACCAUUCUCCUUGCAGUCGUCUCUUUCUGUGUUCCUUAUUUCAAAUCCAUCUACUUUCUCAAAGCAGUCAUCUCUGUUAGCGGCCUCAGCGGAAACAUUACCUUUGGUACAUUAGGCUAUUGUCUUGAGCUCACCAACGGUACUACUUGCUCAAAGCCAUCCAUUGGCUACCAACUAGACAUCAACAGUCUCGUUGGCAACAAACUCCCCGUAGAGAUACCUCAAGUAGCAGUCAAAUGGUUAACGUAUGCCCUGUUCCUCCAUGUCGUCGCCCUCAUCCUUUCCGCCGGUUCAGCCGUAUUUGGUCUGUUGGCCCAUGUUCGUGAAAUGUCUAUGACAUGUUGCAGCACCUUUAUUUCAGGUUUCGCAGCAUCCGUUGCCAUGAUUGCCUUCAUCUUCGACAUCGCCCUCUUCUUCGUCGCGAAAGCUCGUAUAAACGCCAUUGGGUCUGCACAGAUCGGCAAUGCAAUCUGGCUCACACUGGCUGCAUGGAUCUUACUUUUCUUCAGUGGUUGUUUCUAUACCUUAGGGAGAUGUUGUCUCAACGGUAGAGCCCCGCGUGGUGACAAACGAGACUGGGGUAGAAAAGAUCCCGAAGCUGUUCCUCCGCCUUCUAAUGGUUACGCAGAGCAACUGCGUCUCGACGCUGUCAAAGCUGAAGCUGACCGUAAAGCUCGGCAAAAGGCCGCGGAAGGGGGACUCCCAGCUUUCUAUGAAACACAACCACUGACUGGUCGAGUGGAGGGUGACCAUGUUUAUAUCGAUGAUGACAGCGUCCCUGCUCCAAGCUCCCCUGGUGGGCGCCCCGGUCAAGGUGGUCAUUACCCUGCUGGCGGAUACGUACCGGGUCAACCAGGCUCUCGUACGGUCGAUGAUUACUAUAAUACCUCACACCCGAACACGUCGGGUUCCACUACGACAUAUCCUCCUCAACCUAACCAACCUCAUCGUCAAAAUAGCACUCACACUGGUUAUGCACCCUCUUCAUAUGGAAAUACCUCGACUGCCUCUUCUCCUCCUCCUCACCAACCUCAUCGACAAGCGAGUGGUUACAAUGUCAAUGCUGGUUAUGGUGCUCCGUCGCUGACGAGCUCACCGCCGCCCACUCAACAAUAUUUAGCGACACCACACCAAUAUAACGCAGAUCCAUAUGCAAAUUCUGGUUAUGAUUACGGCCACACCGCUGGUGGCACAUCCUAUCAUACGGCGGCCUCACAUGGCCAGCAGCAGCCAUCGAGCUACUCUCAGUAUGACCCUUACAACCCCCAACCGCAGGGAAAUUACGUUGAACCUUCCUUCAAUCCUGAAACCUACAAUAACACAAGUCAAAUGGUUAAUACGGCUGUGGGAUACUCAUCUACACCGAAUCAAUAUUAUGGGUCUUCAUCACCUGCACACCCCCAACCCGAGCGCAGCUAUACAUUGGGCGGAGAUGGCUACGGCGCCAGCACCGUGCGACCGCUAGCCGAACACAACGCCGCGUACUAUCCCUAUGGAGGCGAGCCAACAGCCACGUCUGUACCGCCCAUCGAUACAAACGUAGGGACUGUACCUGUAGUCAGAACGAGUCCCGUCAAGGGGCCGAGGUCUCAUCUGGUUGUGCUCGAACCUCCUCAUGAGGAUCUACCACCAGGUUAUGAACCUGGGUCUUCGAAUGUUGUUGGACAGUGGGGGAAACGUUGAACACACUGUUUUUUUAUCGCUAAAGGACUAUAUAUUUAACGAACAUCGGUAUCUCUGUAUGACCAAGCAUCUAUACCCCAAAACGAGGGUUUUUCUGUGCCUAAAAGGGGCUCAAGACAAACCUCUCUCUGCAUGCAUGGAACUAAAUAUAAUUUUCUGCUGUGUCUUACGCACGGCUCGCACGUUUUCCUUGGAAUAGUGGGAGAAACCCAGGCAAAGUGUGUAGGAAUGAGGUUAUAUUUAUGUGUUAAGCUACAUACAUACAAUACAGUUCUAUUUAGUUGU